AUGAGAACCAACACCCUAGAACUCGCCCGAGGCUUCCUCGGCCAGGACACAUGGUUCAUCAUCAACAUCGGGAUCGCCCUCGCCGCAUUCGCCGCCUGGAUCCGGUCGGCAUGGACAGUGCUAUACCGCUACGCCGAAAGCACCUGCCUAUCAACAGUACACAUCAAAGACGACGACCCCCUGUUCCAUGACGUUGUGCUCUGGCUAAACGACCACGUCUUCGCGCAGAGCAAUUUCAGAUCCGUGCUUGCGGUCACCAAUAAACAGGCCUACAAGAACCUGAACAAGAACCAGUGGGCGCCGAAUAUCAAUUGGAGGCCGGCGGUUGGGACCUCGUCCAAGACAGACGACGAGCCGAUUAAGCUCCGCCCGUUCAAUGGGUCGCGGGUGUUUGCGUUCAGGGGGCGCUGGAUUCUGUUUUCGCAUUCUUCGCCGACGGCGUCUGCGGGGUUGCGGCUGCAGGGUCCCGGCGCGAGUGAAGCAGAGCUCUCGGACCAUGUGAAGCUGCAGACGCUGAGUUUAUCGCUUGAUACGCUACGUGCGUUCCUGGAUGAAGCUCGAGCAUAUAGCCAGAAACUGUCGAGGUCUAAUAUCAGUGUGCACCGGCCCAUAUCUAAUGUUCGGGACAUGGUGAGGUGGACCUGCAUCACGACGAGACCGUCUCGAUCCAUCGAGUCGGUUAUUCUUGAUGCAAAGAAGAAGAGCACGCUCCUUGCUGAUUUGGAGGAGUAUCUGCACCCGGCUACCAGGCAAUGGUACGCCGACCAUGGCAUUCCGUACCGCAGGGGCUAUUUGUUUUCUGGACCGCCAGGGACAGGCAAGACGAGUUUGUGCUCUGCGAUUGCCGGUGUGUUUGGGUUGGAUAUCUACGUGCUGAGUCUUCUGGAUCCGCAUAUCACGGAGUCCCAGUUUCUCCGUCUGUUCUCGGAAGUCCCCUCCCAGUGCGUCGUGCUGCUGGAGGAUAUUGACGCUGCUGGAAUGAGUGUCCGCAGGCCCAACGUUGCUGCUGAUCAGGAAUCAGAUGCGUCCAAAAGUGUAGAUUCACAAACCAGGAGAGCCGGUCGACCGCCUCAUUCUCAGGCUCAACGAGGUCCUCCUGUCGAUACCUCCGGCCCAAUCUCCCUCUCAGCUCUUCUAAACGCCAUCGACGGCGUCGCAUCUCAAGAGGGCCGCAUCCUGGUCAUGACGACCAACGCACCGCAGGACCUCGACCCGGCCCUCAUCCGCCCCGGGCGCGUGGAUAUGCGCGUCCAAUUCGACUUGCCUGGACGUACGGAAAUGCGUGAGUUAUUCCGCAGCAUGUUCAGUGAUGGCCCUGGCGGCGGGAGAGAAAUCGGCACCUCGGAAGGGGAGGAGGAAGACGAGAAGAAAGCAGAUAUAGACAUGGAUAGUCUCUCAGCGAAAUUCGCGGAAGCCCUCCCGGAGAACAAACUCAGUCUGGCGGAAGUGCAGGGGUUUCUGCUGCAAUAUAAGCGGCAGCCCAAGGAGGCUUGUGAGCGGGUGGCGGAGUGGGUGAAGGAGAAUUAUUCUUGA